CAAACCGAAAAUGGUUUUUGGCGAUGUGCUUUUCGUGAAUGUAAAUUUCGUAAAUAAUUUACCUUUUUUAUACGCGUUACAACGUUUCCUAAUAUGUGAGACCCAGUAAUUUAACUAAAAGCUACAAAACAAUUACACUUAGUGCAGAUAGUUGAUUUGGUAGGUCUUCGGAAUUCGGUCUCGUAGUCAAUGACCAGGGACUUUUUUGUAUUAAAAGUGUAGUGCCUGUUGAUAUUUUUACGAGUUUAAAAUGACUACAUCGUCGGAGGACGUUCUGUUGAGCGUGGGACACGUUAGGUAUAAGAAGGGUGAUGGGACUUUGUAUGUGAUGAACCAAAGACUAGCAUGGAUGUUGGAAAAUCGGGACACAGUCGCUGUGUCUCACAAGUACGCUGAUAUUAAAACACAAAAAAUCUCUCCCAUCGGCAAACCAAAAGUGCAGCUACAAGUGGUCCUCCACGAUGGCACGUGUUCCACGUUCCAGUUCGUCAACCCGGCAGGCGCGGAAGCUCAGGCCAAAGACCGCGACCAGGUCAAGAUGCUACUGCAGGAUCUAUUGCCUAAGUUCAAGAGGCAGAUUGAUGGGGAGUUGGAAAUGAAAUCUAGGUUACUAUCAUUACAUCCGACACUGAAGCAUUUAUACGAAGACUUGGUGAUAUCAAAGGUGAUCAACAGUGAGGAAUACUGGAACACCCCCACUUUGAAACACUACACAGAAUCUACUAGCAUGAAACAGGAGGCUGGUGUAUCAGGAGCGUUCCUAGCAGAUAUCCAACCACAGACAGAUGGCUGCAACGGACUGAAAUACAACCUGACACAGGACAUCAUAGACGCGAUAUUCAAGACAUACCCCGCCGUGAGGAAGAAACAUGUGGACUAUGUGCCUAACAAGAUGACAGAAGCUGAAUUUUGGACCAAAUUCUUUCAAUCGCAUUAUUUUCACAGAGACCGCAUCGCAUCGUCGUCGAGUAAGGACCUGUUUGGUGAAUGCGCUAAACUGGACGACCAGGCCAUCGCGUCGGCCAUGAGACAUACCACAGUGGAUCUCACCGUGGAUUUACCUCAAUUCACGGAGUCUGUCCCGUUCUUACCCGAAGACGAUUUGGGUGAGAAGGAAAAGGACGGCACCUCCAUACACCGCAGCAUGAUCAAAAGAUUCAACCAACACUCCAUUAUGGUGCUCAAAGCUAGUCAUAAAUCAAACAGCAGUACCAAUAGCAAUAACACAAGUAGUAAUAGCAAUAGCAAAACAACGAAUAACAAUAACAAAGUCAUCGAGAACGGUGUGAAAGAGACGAACGGUGUCGAGAAAAGGACCGCGCGAGACAAAGAUCCGACCGAGCCCGUGGAUAAGAAGAAAAGGAUUUUGGAAAAGAUACAUUAUGAAGAUCUAGAUAAUGUCCAAAUUGGUGAGGAGGCGCAGGAGUUAAAAUUAACGAAGGUGGAAAGGUAUUUGUUAGGUCCGUCGUCACAAGUGAGUCAGUCCAGUACUAGCACCACCCGCCCACCGCCGCUGUCGGCGCUAGCGUCUAUAUGUCAAGCGUGGUCGAGUGGACAACAGUGUCAAAGGCCGUUCAGAGUGAGCGCGUCAGCGGCCGUGGGUGCUUUGGGCGAGCUGAGUCCAGGAGGGGCGUUGAUGAGGCAACACCAAGCCGCGUGUAUGGCGCAACUAAUACCACCGGACGUGAAAAACGAGUUACACCGCAUUUACCUAUCCGGGGGCGAACUACUCCGCGAGCUGUGGCGAUGUUUUCCGCAGCCCGGCGCCAGCGCGGAAUCCGAAGACACGCCCGUGCGCGCGGAAAAGUUCUACGAUGCGCUACUUAGGUUUAGAAACGUCAAAUUAAGGCCCUUUGAGGAAAAAAUGCUCCGUGAACUAACUCCGUUAGCGACUUCGCUAACCAAACAUAUGAACCAAAUGAUCGACACAGCAUGUGCCAAGUAUGCAAUGUGGCAACAGAGACAGGCCAAGCUACGGUAGUAUACGCCUCACUACAAUGCCCUAUCGCAAAUAUAGGAUUUGUGUGCUAAAAGUGCAAUUAAAGUGACAUUAUUAAGUGAUAAAUUGACUAAUAAUAUUAUGCGCCAAGUUUGCGAUAAACUGCGCCAAGUAUCCGGUAAACUGCGCCAAAAAUGCGCCAUGGCAACACAGGCCAAGCUGCGCUACUACGUAACUACAACAUCGUACCGCAAACAUAGUGUUUGCGUACUUAAAACCAAUUAAAGUGACAUUAUUCAGUGAUAAAUUGACCAUUAUUAUUAUGCACCAAGUAUGCGAUGAACUGCGCCAAGUAUGCGCCAUGGCAAGUUAGGCCAAGCUGCAAUAGUACCUAACUGCAACAUUGUACAGCAAAUAUAGUUUUGUGUGCAAAAAACUUAUUAAAGUGACUUUAUUCAAUGAUAAAUUGAUUACUGUGCGCCGAGUAUGCAAAAAAGAGGCCAUGUUGCAUUAAAAUACGCCUACUAAUGCAUUAAAGUUACUAAUCAUUAGUAAAUAAAUUCAUUAUUACAUGAUGCAGUCUGGCCAAGUUGCAGUUGUAUAUACCUAAGUGUUAUCGAAUCCAAUAAAAAAAAAAUAUAUUUUAUUCUAACCUCAAAAUAAACAAUUUUCCGUAGACUGACGGAUGGGUUUAAAACAAAAAACUUAAACCCCUGUGAAUACGGCUGUUUAUCCGACUGAAAUGAUAUUUAACAAUAAUUCUAGAGUAAUAGAUAACAAAUUCCCAUAAAAUGCCCAUUUAUCAAAAAAAAAAAUGUUCAGAUGUAUUUUGGCUCUAUAAAAAAUUAAUAGCAAAAGUUAUAUGAAAAAAAAUGGGUUUAAAUUGGAUAUGUUUUACAUUUAAACCGAUUAUUAUUUGUUACUGAUGUAAAUUAGAAAGCAAAAUAUAAAAAAAAAAAAUAUUAUCUUUUGGCAUUUCCAACAACAUAAUAUUAUAAACCAUGGUUCAAAGCAUAUAAUAUUAUUGAAAUCCGAUAAAAUGUUUAGAAGUCUGUGGCUACUAAUAAUAAUGUAAAACAUAUUUGAUUUAUAACCUCUAUAAUAUAAAAUUACAAAAAAAUGUUCAGAACUUGAAUUAUAAAAUAAUAAGGGUUGAAUGGCCUGAAAACAAUGACAUUAUUGCUUGAAAAAUUAACUAAAAAAAAUGUAAAAAAAAUAUUGUACAUAACCUUUUUGUAUUGUAUAGUUCUUGAUUACUGUUAAAUUAAAUGUAACACAAAAUAAAAUAAGUAGGUACAGGUUGCGUCAAACUUCUAGAAUGCUUUAUAUCAUAAAAGAAAGAGAUUAACUUGUACAAAAUGUAAGUAUUGAAAAGAGAUGGCAUAAUGUUUUAAAGUUUCAAACUAAAGGUAAUCGCACACUGCUGUGAAACUAGUUCGCAUUUUCAUACCUGAAAACUUGAUUUGACUUUUGCGGGUCCUCUAAAAUUAGGUGAUCAACAACUUCGAAAAUAUCGUAACUUGACAACCCAACUCAAACUCAACCAAUAGGGAUGUUGCCAACUAAUCAAAUCAACAACUGUCAAAAACGUCAAUCUGUUUUUCAAGUUAACGUUACCUGUGAGUAAAUAGUAAUCUGUCCUUAAGUAAAUGACAUGUCAAAUGACUUUUUGAGAUGUUAAAUCAUAGUUUUCCCGAAAGUCAAUCUAUACAGAUUGAUUAAAUUAAUUGACGAGCAGUUAACGUUAACGUGAAAUGUUAACGUUAACUGUUAUUCAGUCUCAGAGUUCUAAAAGUUUGGCGCGGCCGAUAGAUAAUACUGAAUGAAGGCAUUUCUAUUAAACCAAAUGACUGUUUGUUUUGUAUAUUUUUUAGCUAUCACAAUAAUACUGUGUAAAAUGAAACCAAAUUGUGACUAAUUCUGUUGUACACAAUCUCUAAACUAAAAUGACAGGUCUAAAUAUAUUGCUGUCCCUUUCAUAAUGCACUCUGUGGAAAAGGAUAGAACAACAGUUGAUUUCACGGUUUGUGUACAACAUAAUUAACCACAUUCUUAGUGUGAUUCCAACACAGAAAUGUUACUAUGCGUUUGAAAUAAGUUGAGAAAUAAAAUAAACAAUGCAGUUAGAAAUUAAAAAGAGUUGUGCUUGAUUUUUUUCACAGAUAUGCAAAAUAUAUUGCAUAAAAUAUAGAUUAAAAUAAAAGGUUAAUUUAUUUGAGUCGCAUUGUCCUUAUUUAAAUUUUUUAAUCAUAUGUGAUUCGAUUUUAUAUGACGUGAAAAAACUUGACUUUAACAGUGUUUGACACAGUUUGACAGUGUGACCAUCUUUGAUUGGCCAACACUAUUGGCUAAAAUUGGCAAGGGUAUGAAUUUUGCAAAU